UCUCUCUCCCGCUGGAACAUCAAACUACAUUCGUCUGCCAAUCUCGCGGGAUUUUCCUUGUAAAGUCUCGCGGAGUUUUCUGCUGUUUGUUGUAUGCGUUAAACUGGCAAGCCUCUGAAGGUGGGAAUUAGGCAUAACUUUCAUUGUAAAUUUACCCAAAACAUACCUCAGUUCGUCCACAGAACAAAUGGGUUCCCAUUGUAAUAAAUAGCCGGAGUCUCACAACCCCCUCCCCCUCAAAAAAACAGAAAUACUGGAAUUAUAAACAUCUGGGGGUCCUGCAUUCAAGCACAGUACUAUGGAAGUUAUAGUGGAGUAUGACUAUGAAGCCCACCAUGAAGACGAGCUCACAAUCCGGGUAGGAGACAUUAUUAGACAUGUGAAAAGACUGGAGGAGGAAGGGUGGAUGGAAGGAGAUCUCAAUGGCAAGAAAGGCAUGUUUCCAGAUAACUUUGUCAAGGAAAUUAAGAAAGAAACGGAGGCAAAAGACGAAGUCCAGCCUAUUAGGAGAGAGCGUGGAAACGUGGCCAAUCUUGUACAGAGAAUGAGUAUCUACGGGUUUCCAGCUGGAGCAUUUCAACCACAGUCCAAUCACAAGAGUUUCAAAAUGAGAUCAAAGAAACGACAGUGCAGAGUUGUUUUUGAAUACUUACCACAGAACGAAGAUGAACUGGAGCUGAAAGUGGGAGAUAUGGUAGAUAUUAAUGAAGAGGUUGAAGAGGGUUGGUGGAGUGGAACAAUGCAUGGAAAAUCCGGAUUGUUUCCAUCCAAUUUUGUUAAGGAAAUAGAAGUCUCAGACGAUGGUGAACAGAAUGAUGUUCUUGAUGAUUCAGAGUCUAACAAUAAAGAGCUUCCUGGAGCAGGCCCCACCACUCCUACCUCCCCGCUCCUCUCUCCUGAGAUUGGGAAUGGAGCCAUAGCACAGCCAAAGAAAGUCAGAGGAGUGGGGUUUGGAGACAUAUUUAAAGAGGGAUCUGUCAAGCUCAAAGCAAGAUUGCCGAAUAGUGAGUCAGAGGAGAGGAAGCUGGAAAAGCCACUGCCAUCAUUUCCAUCUGCUCCAAAGACUAAUCAGUUGAAUAUGACAGACUUAAUUAAGUUAGAAGGAGAAAGCAAACCUAAAGUAAAUGAAUACUGUAAAGCCCUGUUUGUUUAUGAGGGAACAAAUGAGGAUGAACUGAGUCUUAAAGAAGGUGAAAUCAUACAGAUAUUAAGCAAGGAUACAGGAGAACCAGGUUGGUGGAGAGGAGAGGUCAACGGCAAAGAAGGGGUAUUUCCUGACAACUUUGUGACUGUGGUAUUAGAUUCUGAAAAAGACGUUGCAGCACCCAAAGUUUCUUUUAGAUCACCUCCAAAACCAGAAAUAGAAGAUAAACCAAAAAAGCCACCACCGCCUGCAAAAUCCCCAGCACUAAAGCCCGAAGUUCCCAGUGCUGACAGGAAACCCUCUCCAGCCAAGCCUGAGGAAAAAGGUGAUAAACCAAUCGACCAGAAGCCUGCUAAGCCUGCUGCCCCUUUGGUUCCUCCCAAAAAGCCGAUCCCUCCUCCGGGGAAGGGAAACAUCCUGCUCAGGACAGGAUCCACAGCUCCUAAAAGGCCAGAGAAACCACACCUACCACCGCCUGUAGCCAAACCUAAUGGAGAGGUGCCUUCUAUUCGACCAAAGUCAGAAUUCGAGCCAGCAAUAAUUCGACCAAAAGAAUUUGAUUUGACAUCAUCCAGCAGACCAAAGUCUGCACCUUGGGGGGAUUCAACAGAUGGUGACAUAGAUCUCAUGAGUUUCAAUGACAUUACAUCUACCUCCGAGAAACUCUCUCACCCUACCACAAACCGACCGAAGAUGCCUGGCCGGAGGUUGCCUACACAGUUUGCCAGUUCUCCAAAUAAAGAUAUUCAGAUAGAACAGGUCUUUAAACUAGAAGAUGAAGAGCAUGUCAAGCCAAAGUUAUUAGAAUUUAAAAAGCCAUCCUUCCAGAUGCCACCAACACAGUCCACAUCAAAACCAAUUGCAGUCCAUAUUCCUGCUCAUGAUUUGAAACCCAAAGAAGCAGCAGAUGAUGAGAAUAAAUCUGAAAUAGAAGAGCUCAGAGCACAAAUUAAUCAGAUACUACAUGAUGUAGAACUGCUGAAGACACAGCAGAAGAAAGAAAUAACUGAUCUGAGAAAUGACUUGGAUGAAGAAAAAGAAAAACGAAUUGCCUUACAGAUGGAGAUAGAAAAAUUGAAGACAGUCCAACUCACAUGAGGGUCAAUAAUGAGAACGCUCCAACGACAACUGGGAAGAAAAUAUUGUAUGCCUAAUACUUUUUAAGUAAUCACUGCUCUCUUCCACAUAUGGAAGUAAAUUGCCAUGUAUUGCACAUAAUCGGGUCUUUUUAGUUAGAGUUCAAAAUAAAUACAAUGUUUGUUUU